CGGCGCGCGCCUCCCGGAAGUGACCGGCCCCGAGCGAGAGCGGGGUUCUGCGCGGUCCCUGGCUGUUCUGGGCGCUAGUCUCCCGGCAACAGGGCCCCGCGGGGAGAAAGCGUUCAGGCCGGGGCCGCACACUGACGAGCGCGGCGCGGAGCGAGACCUGGUGACGAUGGCGGGGCCGCUGGCGCUGCAGCUGGAACAGUUGUUGAACCCGCGCCCGCGCGAGGCGGAUCCUGAGGCGGACCCAGAGGAGGCCACUGCUGCCAGAGUGAUUGACAGGUUUGAUGAAGGGGAAGAUGGGGAAAGUGAUUUCCUGGCGGUGGGUAGCAUUAGAAAACUGGCAUCAGCCUCCCUCUUGGACACAGACGAAAGGUAUUCUGGCAGGGCUACUUCUAGAAAAGCUUGGAAGAAGGACCAUUGGGAGGAGACUCUGCCAGAUUCAUCUGACCAGGAGAUACCUGAUGAGGACGAGUCUGGAGAUGGAGAUUCAGAGGGGCUGGGUCUGGAGGGAUCCGAUGAGGAUGCCAUGAGUGCUGCUGAGGAAGAAGAGUGUGAUGAUGACAGGGACGGUAGUCUGGCCUGGAAGAAGAGCCAAAACCGCACUGGGAAAACACCGGGUUUUAGUGUCCAGAGCAUCAUUGACUUUGAAAAGUUCACCCAGGGAAUGGAUGACCUUGGUAGCAGUGAGGAGGAGGAAGAUGAAGAGGAGGAGGAGAGUGGUAUGGAAGAAGGGGAUGGGGAGGAAGACUCUGCGGGUGAGAGUGAGGAAGACAGAGUUGAAGACAGGAAUAGUGAAGACGACGGUGUCGUGAUGACGUUCUCUGGCGUCAGAGUUUCUGAGGAAGUGGAGAAAGGAAGAGCUGUGAAGAACCAGAUAGCACUGUGGGACCAGCUCUUGGAAGGAAGGAUCAAGCUACAAAAAGCUCUGUUGACCACCAAUCAGCUUCCUCAACCAGAUGUUUUCCCUAUUUUUAAGGACAAAGGUGGCCCAGAAUUUGCCAGCGCACUAAAAAAUAGUCACAAGGCCCUUAAAGCAUUGUUGAGGUCAUUGGCAGAUCUUCAGGAAGAGUUACUUUUCCAGUACCCAGACACUAGAUAUUUAGUAGACGGGACAAAGCCCAAAGCAGAAAGUGAGGAGGAGAUUUCCAGUGAAGAUGAAGAUCUAUUAGAAGAGAAGAAGAAGCAGAGAAGGGCCCCACCAAAGAGGAAGCUGGAAAUGGAGGACUAUCCCAGCUUUAUGGCAAAGCGUUUUGCUGACUUCACAGUCUACAGGAACUGCACACUUCAGAAGUGGCAUGAUAAAACCAAGCUGGCUUCUGGAAAACUGGGGAAGGGUUUUGGUGCCUUUGAACGCUCAAUCUUGACUCAGAUCGAUCAUAUUCUGAUGGACAAAGAAAGAUUACUUCGAAGGACACAGACCAAGCGCUCCAUCUACCGAGUUCUUGGCAAACCUGAACCGGCAACGCAGCUUCUCCCGGAGAGUUUGCCAGGACAACCAGAGGUCCUUCCUCAAGCCCCUGCCAAUGCCCACCUGAAGGACUUGGAUGGUGAAAUCUUUGAUGACGAUGACUUUUACCACCAGCUCCUUCGAGAACUCAUAGAACGGAAAACCAGCUCCUUGGAUCCCAACGAUCAAGUGGCCAUGGGAAGGCAGUGGCUUGCGAUCCAGAAGUUACGAAGCAAAAUCCACAAGAAAGUAGAUAGGAAAGCCAGCAAAGGAAGGAAACUCCGGUUUCAUGUCCUCAGCAAGCUACUGAGCUUCAUGGCACCUAUUGACCAUACUACAAUGAAUGAUGAUGCCAGGAUUUCAACUGGAGCUGAGAGAUGAAGCACACGCCGCCCCCCCAGGCACUGGGUCGCGGGGCAGCAGCCUUGAUAGGGACACAAAUGUAACUCGCAUGUCAGUCUCCCCAGUGCGGUUGGAGGAAGUGAUUCACAUCUAAGCAGUGAAGCAUCCCCCGGCUUUUAACAGGAGCUGUGAGAGGGGCUGCUUUUGUACAAGGAGCUUCAUCUUCCUGAAGCCGGCAGUCACAAAACCGUAAACACAACACCGGCCAACUCUAUUGCCGGGAUCGCGGGGGCCUGACGUUAAUAUUAAACAUCUCCAGCAAGGCAGAGAGCUCUGCAGCCCAGCCACAGAAUAAAAAUAAA